GGCCCGCAUGCGCACCCAGUGCGGCGCGGCCUGAGGAAAUUUCCUUACACUCCCUCUGCAGCAGGCUCCAGUUUCUCCUCCUAUCUUCUCCGUUUUACUAGUCCCUGCAGGAUUUCACUAGAGUACUAUUGGGAGAAAGUAUCAUGGAAGUUCUGCGCCCACAGCUUAUAAGACUUGGUGGACGGAUUUACAGAAAAAAUCCCAUCCAAGAACAGACUUAUCAACAUGAAGAAGAAGAUGAAGACUUCUAUCAAGGCUUCGUGGAGUGUGCAGAAGAGCCCUGUGAUGCCUACGAGGUGGUGCAGACCCAGCAAGGUUUCCGGUGUACCGUGAAGGCCCCCAGCCUGCUCUACAAGCACAUAGUUGGAAAGAGAGGGGACACUAGGAAGAAACUAGAAGUGGAAACCAAAACUUCUAUUAGCAUUCCUAAGCCUGGACAAGAAGGAGAAAUUGUAAUCACUGGACAGCAUCGGAGUGGUGUUAUUUCAGCCCGAACUCGGAUCGAUGUUCUUUUGCUCACUUUUAGAAGAAAGCAGCCCUUCACUCACUUCCUUGCCUUUUUCCUCAAUGAAGUUGAGGUUCAGGAGCGAUUCCUGAAGUUCCAAGAGGAAGUACUGGAGAAGUGCUCCAUGGAUCAUGGGGUUGAUAGCACCAUUUUCCAGAAUCCCAGAAAGCUUCACCUAACUAUUGGAAUGUUGGUACUUUUGAGUGAGCAAGAGAUCCAGCAGACGUGUGAGAUGCUACAGCAGUGUAAAGAGGAAUUCAUUGAUGACAUUUCUGGGGGCAAACCCUUAGAGGUAGAGAUGGCGGGGAUAGAAUACAUGAACGAUGAUCCCGGCAUGGUGGAUGUUCUUUAUGCCAAAGUCCAUAUGAAAGACGGCUCCAACAGGCUGCAAGAAUUAGUCGAUCGAGUGCUGGAACGUUUUCAGGCAUCUGGACUAAUAGUGAAAGAGUGGAAUAGUGUGAAACUCCAUGCUACAGUCAUGAACACUCUAUUCAGGAAGGACCCCAAUGCUGAAGGCAGGUACAAUCUCUACACAGCGGAUGGCAAAUACAUCUUCAAGGAAAGAGAAUCAUUUGAUGGCCGAAACAUUUUAAAGGAAUCAGAUUUUAGAAGAGGAGAUGAAAAAGAGUUUUUGUUUGGCAAAGGAGAUAGUUUUACCCCAUAUGUGAGAUUGUAAACGCUUAGAGCAGGGGCCAGCAAACUACAGUCCGAGGGCCAAAUAUGUCCUGCCACCUGUUUUGCACAUGGCCCUCAAACUGUGAAUGUUUUUCAUAUUUCUUAAUGGUUGACAAAAAAAUCAGAAGAAGAGCAAUACUUGAGGACAUGUAAAAAUUAUAUAAAAUUCAGAUGUCAGGGUCCAUAAAUAAGAUUUUUAUUGGAACACAGCCAUCCUCAUUUGUUUAUGCACUGACUGCUUUUGUGCCACAGUGCCAGAGUUGAGUAGUUGUGACGGACACCAUAUGGACACCUUGCCUUUUAUGGAAAAACUUUGCUGACACCUACAUGGUGUUUAGAGUUUAGUUUAAUUUUCUUUUAUUCCACCCAACACAACUUCCUGCUUUAUGAUUAGAUGUGAUGCUCAUAUUUAAUAGACCCUCAAGAUAUACUAACUAUGUCAUUUUUAGUUAAUAGUCAAUCCUAUUGAAUUUCUAGCUACUCGAAUAUUUUCUAACGAAUGUUUGUUUCUUUUUUAAAAUGAGUUUACUAGGGGCAUCUGUGUGGCUCAGUCAGUUGAGCAUCCAACUUUGGCUCAAGUCAUGAUCUCUCGAUUCGUAAGUUCAAGCCCCACAUGGGGCUCACUACUGUCAGCGUGGAGCCUGCUUCAGAUCCUCUGUAUCCCUCUCUCUCUGCCCUUCCCCUGCUCAUUCUCAUUCUUUCUCUCUCUCUCUCAAAAAUAAACACUUAAAAAAAUGAGUUUACUAAAUUCAAGAAAAAGAGAGUCCCAAAUUAAAUAUACCUAUAGCUCAUACUUGUAAUCUUCUGUUAAUAAGUGAAGUUCAUUUUUCAAUUAAAUUUGAUUGCAACUUUAGCACUCCAUAUAGCAAGAUUCAGCUGAUACAGAUCAUAAUGAACUUGAAUUUACACUUAACC